AUGGUUUCUUAUGUCAUGGCCAUUGAUAUAUGGAUGUCACUUUGCAUGGCUUAUGUUUUCGCCGCAGUGGUCGAGUAUGCGAUUGCUAACUUCAUCGACAAACCUGAUAUUGAUCGACUGGCUAGGAGAGCGUUCCCCUCCACAUUUGCGGUCGUCUGCUCUUUCUAUUACGCGUACUAUGCCGUCUGCGUGAACGAACUUCCCGGCCUGAGCGAGCAGAUGACCCGUUGGGUCGGCGACGAACGAAUGCGAAAGCUCAAACCAUGA